AUGCUCACAUCAACAUUCGUCGCCGUCGCUGGCGCGGCGCUCGCAUCCGCACACACAAUCAUCACAUAUCCCGGAUGGAGAGGCAACAACCUGAUCACAAAUGAGACCUUCCCCUACGGCAUGCAAUGGAUGUACCCAUGCGGUGGCAUGCCCACAACAACAAACCGGACUUUCUGGCCGACCACCGGCGGCGGGAUCGCCUUCCAACCGGGCUGGUUCUCGGGCCACGCGACGGCCUUCAUCUACGUCAACCUGGGCCUGGGCAACGAGGGCCCCGAGCUGGCGCACCACCUCGCCGGCCCGCCUAACAUGAGCCACCCGAUGAUCACGCCCUUCCAGAUCCUCGGCCCGACCAAGGGCCCCUACCCGGGCACCGUCUGCCUGCCCCAGCUCCCCAUCCCCCAGGGCAUCUCCCCCAAGCCCGGCGACAACGGCACCCUUCAGCUCGUCGAGCUGGCCCUGCACGGCGCCGCCCUCUACUCCUGCGUCGACAUAACCUUCGCCGAGCCCGGCGACCCGCGCAUCCCGCUCAUGAACGAGACCAACUGCUUCAACAGCACCGACAUCGGCGCCGCCGACAUCUAUACGCUCACCAUGCGCGAGUCGGGCGAGUCGCUCGCCGCCAAGGCUGCCAAUGCCGCGUCCGACCGCUUGGUGCAGCGCCUCGCGUAUUGGGCGUACGUGCCGCUGGCGUUGGGGGGUAUUUGGGCUCUUCUUUGA